AUGAAGGAUAACAGUUCAACAAGUAGUAAAAUGAUUAGCAGAAACUGGGUCUUGAAGCGAAAACGAAAAAAAAUUCUGCAUGGACGAGUUGUUUCUACUGGUAAAGAAGAUAACUUGGAAUCUCCAAGAAAUACUUCUGCUGCUAAACGAAGGCCAAAGUGUGAACUAAGUUCUGAUCUAUCUUCAUCCAAGAAGAAAGGAAAUGAUGGGUAUUACUACGAAUGUGUAGUCUGUGAUCUUGGUGGCAACUUGUUGUGCUGUGAUAGCUGCCCCCGAGUGUACCAUCUACAGUGCCUUGAUCCACCUCUUAAGCGCAUUCCAAUGGGGAAAUGGCAAUGCCCAAACUGCUCUAAAAAAAGUGACCCUCUGAAGUCCAUUAGCUCACUGGGUUCCAUUUCAAAACGUGCAAGAACAAAAAUUAUCACUACAAAUUCUAGGACUGGAUUUAAGUCAUCUGGCACUGACAAAGUAUCUGCGCUUUUCGGAAGCUCCAUUGUCUCCAAGCAAAGGUCCUCCAGCAAAGGGAAAUCUGUUCUAACUGUUGGAUCCAAAUCUAUGGAAAAGGAACCAGAUUCCUCAGAUGUAUUUUGUAGCACCAAGUCAUGUGAUCCAUCAGCUGUUAAUUCUGUAGAUGGUACUUCAUCGCAUGUGAACAAUGAUGAUGAAAAGAAACCUGAUGCAUCUCCAAAGGAGUCACCUGCAAGGAAGAAAUCAAUUUCCCUUGCCGAUGAACUUUUGUCUCAUUCUAAACUUACUAAAUCUGAGCCAGAUAAUGAAGGUUCUGGUGAGAAGCAUGUCUUGUCUUGUGAUAUUGGAUCUCCAAGAAAGAAAAUUGUUCUUGCAAUUGGUGCAAACUCCGAGAACAGGAAAAGAAAGCUUGAAGGUAAUAGUGUGGACAGUGUUAAGAAGCCCAGGACCAACAAGGGAAAACGAACUUCCAAAAAACAUAGAUCCAAAGCAAACAAUGCAGGUUCUGGAACUAGUAAAUCAAACCAGAAACGGAAAAAUGUUAAUCAUGAAGUUUCUGUAUUUUUGUCAACAGAAGAUGUUGAAGUCAAGAACUUAGAUUUGCAGAAAAAGAAUGAGCAGAAGAAUCCUGUGGAAGUUGCACAACCAUUAGAAGAGCUGUAUAAAGCAGAGGUUCAUGUGGAUGAAACCCAGAAAUGUGAAGAUAUUGUCAUGACCGAACUUCAGCAGGUUGAUCGGGUACUGGGGUGUCGGAUUCAAGGUGAUAAUGCAAGCUCUUCGUGUGGUACAUCUCUGAUUGCCAAAAAUGACCAGCCUUCUGAUGAAUUGCUUAUUCCAGAGACUGAAAAUGGACACUUAGAAGAAACAGCUGUUUGUGAUACGAGUUCAGAUCUGCGGGUUGCUGAAAAUCUUGUUGAGGGUUGUCUUGGUAUUGUUGAAAAUUCUGAGAAGGAUGAAAGAUUGAAGAAUGACAUCAGAGUGGACACAAUACGUGUAUACAAAAGAUCUGCUAGCAAAGACUGUAAAGGAGGGAACAACAAGGAUUUACUGGGGAAGGAUGGAAAGGAUUCAGGUUCUGGAGGCAUAAGUGGCAAGCAUCAAGAUGAAUCUGCUGUAACGACAGAAUUAAUAGUGAAAAGACAUGAAAAUCCAGCAAUUGAAGAAACCACCGAUUUUUGCUUGAAAAAUUCCAAUCCAAAUCAAAUUUCUGAAGUUUGUGAAAUGCAUGUCUCUUCUGAAACCAAAGACACAAAAGCAGAAGAAGAUAUGCAAAUCAAAACUUUUGGUACUGAAAAUAAAGUCCCGGAGCCUGCCACGGAUGGACCGACAUGUGCUAACAAAGAGACCACAUCUUAUGAAUUCCUGGUUAAGUGGGUAGGGAGGUCUCAUAUUCAUAACAAUUGGAUUUCAGAAUCCCAGCUGAAAGUUCUUGCGAAGAGAAAACUAGAAAAUUACAAGGCUAAGUAUGGGACAGCUGUGAUAAAUAUCUGUGAGGAAAAGUGGAAGCAGCCCCAGCGGGUAAUUGGUCUCCGUGUUUCUGAGGAUGGCAGCCGUGAAGCUUUUGUAAAAUGGACUGGUCUUCCUUAUGACGAAUGCACCUGGGAAAGUCUGUAUGAUCCUGUUCUUAAAAAAUCAGUUCAUCUGAUCAAUCAGUUCGAACAGUUUGAACACCUGACGUUGGAAAAAGAUUCUGCGAGGGAUGAUCCACGAAAAGGGAGGCAUGAUGGUCCACCAAAUGAAAUUGCUACUCUGAUGGAGCAACCAGAGGAACUAAAAGGAGGUUCUUUGUUUCCUCACCAGCUUGAGGCAUUGAAUUGGUUGCGGAAGUGUUGGCAUAAAUCCAAAAAUGUAAUACUUGCGGAUGAGAUGGGGCUGGGAAAAACAGUAUCUGCUGGUGCUUUCAUUUCAUCUUUGUAUUUUGAGUUCAAAGCUUCUCUCCCCUGCUUGGUCUUGGUUCCACUUUCGACAAUGCCUAACUGGCUCUCUGAGUUUGCACUGUGGGCUCCCAACUUAAAUGUUGUGGAAUACCAUGGGUGUGCAAAAGCAAGGGCCAUGAUACGCCAGUAUGAAUGGCAUGCCAGUGAUCCCAGUGAGAUGAAUAAGAAAACCACUUCCUACAAAUUUAAUGUUCUUUUAACUACUUAUGAAAUGGUUCUUGCGGAUUCCACUUAUUUGCGUGGAGUUCCUUGGGAAGUUCUCGUGGUUGAUGAGGGCCAUAGACUUAAGAAUUCAGGGAGUAAGCUGUUCAGCUUGCUCAAUUCGUUCUCUUUCCAACACCGUGUUCUUUUGACUGGUACUCCUCUUCAGAAUAACAUUGGCGAGAUGUAUAAUUUGCUCAAUUUCUUACAGCCAGCUUCAUUUCCCUCUCUAUCUUCUUUUGAGGAGAAAUUUAAUGAUCUCACAACAGCGGAAAAAGUGGAGGAAUUGAAGAAACUUGUUGCACCACAUAUGCUUCGAAGGCUUAAAAAGGAUGCUAUGCAAAAUAUCCCACCCAAGACAGAACGAAUGGUUCCUGUUGAGUUGUCUUCUAUCCAAGCUGAAUAUUACCGAGCAAUGCUAACAAAGAAUUAUCAGGUGUUACGGAAUAUUGGGAAAGGAGUUGCACAGCAAUCGAUGCUAAACAUUGUGAUGCAGCUGAGAAAAAUUUGCAAUCAUCCGUAUCUCAUACCAGGUACCGAGCCUGAUUCUGGGUCUGUAGAAUUUCUUCAUGAAAUGCGAAUAAAAGCUUCGGCAAAGCUGACUCUGUUGCAUUCCAUGCUCAAGAUCUUAUAUAAGGAAGGUCAUAGAGUUCUAAUUUUUUCACAAAUGACCAAGCUUCUUGAUAUCCUUGAGGAUUAUUUGACCAUAGAGUUCGGCCCUAAAACAUAUGAGAGAGUGGAUGGUUCUGUAUCAGUCUCGGAUCGCCAGACAGCAAUUGCACGUUUUAACCAAGAUAAAAGUCGAUUUGUCUUCCUGUUAUCAACACGUUCUUGUGGCCUUGGAAUCAAUUUAGCAACCGCUGACACUGUCAUUAUUUAUGAUUCUGAUUUCAACCCCCAUGCUGAUAUCCAAGCUAUGAAUCGAGCACAUCGAAUUGGGCAAUCCAAUAGGCUUUUGGUGUACAGGCUUGUUGUUCGUGCCAGUGUUGAAGAGCGCAUCUUGCAACUUGCUAGAAAGAAACUAAUGCUAGAUCAGCUCUUUGUGAAUAAGUCUGGGUCUCAGAAGGAAGUGGAAGAUAUUCUACGAUGGGGAACAGAAGAGCUUUUUAGUGAUUCUUCUAGCAUGAACGGAAAAGAUAAUAGUGAGAAUAAUAUCAACAAAGAUAAAGAUGAUGCAACAGCAGAUCUGGAGCAAAAGCAGAGGAAAAGGAUUGGUGGCCUUGGAGAUGUGUACCAGGAUAAAUGUACAGAUGGUGGCAACAAGAUUGUGUGGGAUGAAAAUGCAAUAUCAAAGUUACUUGACCGCUCAAAUCUCCAGUCUGCGACAACUGAUGCUGCUGAAGGCGAUUUUGAGAAUGAUAUGCUUGGCUCGGUAAAGUCUUUGGAAUGGAAUGAUGAAACAACAGAAGAGCAAGGAGGGGCUGAAUCACCAGUUGUGGUUGAUGUUGCCUGUGGACAAAAUCCUGAAAGGAAAGAGGACAAUGUGGUAAAUGUUACUGAAGAAAGUGAAUGGGACAGGCUGUUGCGUGUAAGAUGGGAGAGGUAUCAAAAUGAGGAGGAAGCUGCUCUUGGUCGAGGGAAACGCUUGAGGAAAGCUGUCUCGUACAGGGAAGCUUAUGCUCCGCAUCUGAAUGAAGCAUUGAGUGAGAGUGGUGGUGAAGAGGACCGGGAGCCAGAAGCGGAGCCCGAGCGAGAAUAUACACUGGCUGGAAGAGCUCUAAAGGCAAAAUAUGCUAAGCUUCGUGCUAGACAAAAAGAACGCCUUGCUCGGCGGAAUGCGAUUGAAGUAUUUCGUCUUAAUGAGGGGCUUCCUGUACCUGAGUUGGUUCCUCAAGUUCCACCCACCAACAAGACAGAUGUGGAUCAGGCAGUGGAGUUUGCUCAACAAGGUGGUGUGAAGUCUUUUGUAAUUGACUUGGAGGAUGACGAGUUCAGUCAGCCAGAUGCAACAAAGAGCAAUGCUGAUGCAACCAUAAAGUUGGGCCACCUAUCUAGUCAUAAAUUGAGUGGUCAUCUGGAUCUUUCUAUGAACUCUCUUGGACACCCUUCCUUUGACACUAUCCUUCCAACUCACCAAAAUAAGGGCACAGGCAAUACAAACUUGCUUUCUUCCAACAAUGUGCUACCAGUUCUGGGACUCUGUGCUCCCAAUGCUAAUCAAUUGGAUUUAUUGCAAAAAAACUCUUCAAGAUUGAAGAGUCGACAAAACAAGCCCGUGCCUGGACCAGAGUUUCCAUUUAGUCUGGCUCCUUGCUCUGGAACUUCAAUUGAGACAGAUAUAAAACAUCAGGAGACUACAUCAGACAAGCCAAAAUUGCUAGAUGCAGCAGCUGAGGUUUCACAACAGCAGCUUAAAAAUAACUUAUCAGAUGGUUGGCACCAGUUUAGUCCGUGUCCACCUAUAUCACAAGUGAAGGAUUCUGAUCGUUUGGAAGGCUCCAGUUCUAGUUUUGCUGGUUUCCAGGAAAAGAUGUCACUGCCAAACUUGCCUUUUGAUGAGAAAUUGCUCGAUGCCAUUGUUGCCCAAUUUGAAAUUCCCCCUCAAGAUGCCACAAGAUAUAAUCAGUUAGAGAGGGAGGUUCCUCCCACACUGGGUUUGGGUCAGAUGCCAUCUGCUUUUCCAUCAUUUCCUGAAAACCAUAGAAAGGUGCUUGAGAACAUAAUGAUGAGGACUGGCUCUGGAUCAAGUAACUUGUAUAGAAAGAAAUCAAAAAUAGAUGUCUGGUCUGAGGAUGAACUUGAUUUCCUUUGGGUUGGUGUUCGGAGAUAUGGAAGGGGUAAUUGGGACGCCAUGCUUAGAGACCCCAGGUUAAAAUUCUCGAAGUACAAAACUUCAGAAGAUUUAGCAGCUAGGUGGGAGGAGGAACAACUCAAGUUCUUGGAUGGGUCUGCUUUCCCAUUGCCAAAGACACUGAAGCCAACAAAGUCCUCCAAAUCAUCCUUGUUCCCAAGCAUUCCUGAGGGAAUGAUGACACGGGCUUUGCAUGGAAGCAGACUCGUUACCCCAUCAAAGUUUCAGUCACACUUGACAGACAUGAAAUUGGGUUUUGGUGAUCUGUCAUCUACCUUGCCACAUUUGGAGCCUUUGGAUCAAUUUAGUUUGCGGAAUGAGCAUUUUGGCCCGAUUCCAACUUGGAAUCCAGAUGAGUUGCGGGGGAAUUUUGUUGGAGAUUCUUCAGUGGGACCUUCACAUCUUGCCUCUGAAAAACCAUUUCUGCUCAACUCUUUCGGCGCAAGCAACAUGGCUUCUCUUGGUUUGAAUUCCUCAAGUAGCUUUGAUUUACAGCGAAGAGAGGAGGAAUACGAUACCAUGAAGUAUGGGAAAUUACCUAGUCUUCUGGAUAGAUCAUUAAACAUAUUGCGUGAUUCCCAUAAGAAUGUGGGAAUUGGUGAAUUAAGCUGUUCAGCAUUUUUCUCUGACCCAAAUAAAGUGCUGAAUUCCUUCAAUUCAAAGGGCAAAGAGGUAGUUGGAAGCAGUUCCUCAAACAACAAGCUGCCUCAUUGGCUUCGGGAAGCUGUAAGUGCUCCAGUCAAACUGCCUGAACCUGACCUGCCACCCACUGUAUCAGCAAUAGCUCAAUCAGUUCGUGUGCUAUAUGGAGAAAAUCAACCAACUAUUCCUCCUUUUGUUGUACCCGGUCCACCUCCCUGCCAGCCAAAGGAUCCAAGACAGAAUUUGAGGAAGAAAAAGAAGCGGAGGUCACAUAUGUUCAGGCAGUUCCCACUAGAUAUUGGGGGAAGUAGCCAGGAAUUUAGAAACAGCAUCCAUGGUAGUAAUGUUGCUUCGACCUCUAUCCUGCAGGUCCCGCCAUUAGUUCCUGAAACUUCGGGCUGCCCAUGGAAUGAAUCUGACCUUAACCUGCCUCUUCCCAGUUUAAACAAGAUGAAUUCAUUGACCUCAUCUGCUUAUUUAAACGUACAGAAGAAAAGCACCAUGGGAUUAUCCCCCUCUCCUGAAGUUCUUCAAUUAGUAGCAUCCUGUGUUGCUCCAACCCCACAUUUAACCUCUGGUUCUGGUACAACAAGCUCAAGCCUACAUGAAAGUAAAAUACCCUUGCCAAAGUCUCCUGACCAAGUUGGAAUUUCAGAUUCACAAGGUGCUUUGGAAGAACCCAAGGAUACAGAGAGGUUGCCUCCUCAGGUGCCGUGCAUUCCAGAGGAGAGACUGGACCAACCUGAUAGUGGUGAUUCUAGCAAGACCGAGUCAGAUCUUUCUCCAAUCAAACAGCCUGAUGUAGAGGACAUAUCGUCUGAGGGCACUGUAUCAGAUCAUCCUGUGAGUGAUCACGAACCAUAG